AUGCUCUUGAUGGAAAAGUAGAUGGACUUGAUGGAAAAGUAGAUGGACUUGAUGUAUAAGUUAAAGGAUUAGAUACCAAAGUUGAUGGACUUGGUACUUAGGUACUUAGAAUCCAAGAUGACAUGGAAUUCAUUAAGAGUUCCCUUACUUAAAUUCUUCAAAAAUAUAAUCAGUGAUAAAUUCCAGAAUUUCGAAGUUAUAGCCUAAGUCUUUAUGACUCGAUUUCAUUGA